AUGGGGUUAGAAGGGACAUGGACUGCAGAGGGUGUCAGGUCCCCAAGCUCUAUUCUAGUCCGCAUCAUCACCUUGCAGGGCAUGGAAAUAGACAGACGGUUGGAAAAAAAACUGAAGAUCACACAAAAGGAGAGGAAAUCCAAAUCUCCUCCCAAAGUGCCCAUUGUGAUUCAGGACGAUAGCCUUCCCGCGGGGCCCCCUCCACAGAUCCGCAUCCUCAAGAGGCCCACCAGCAACGGUGUGGUCAGCAGCCCCAACUCCACCAGCAGGCCAGCCCUUCCGGUCAAGUCCCUAGCACAGCGGGAGGCGGAGUACGCCGAGGCCCGCAAGCGCAUCCUGGGCAGCGCCAGCCCUGAGGAGGAGCAGGAGAAACCCAUCCUCGACAGGCCAACCAGGAUCUCCCAACCCGAAGACAGCAGGCAGCCCAAUAAUGUGAUCAGACAGCCUUUGGGUCCUGAUGGGUCACAAGGCUUCAAACAGCGCAGAUAAAUGCUGGCAGGAAAGGAUGCCGCCGCUGCCACCAUCACCGCCUCCUGGGUCGUCUGCUGCGGGUUGCACUGCCGUAGCUGACAGCUGGACUUGAGCAGAGGGAACGACCUGACUUACUUGCACUGUGAUCCCCUUGCUCCGCCCACUGUGACCUUGAACCCCAUGCACUGUGACCUCCCCCCUUUUCUCCCUUCCCACUGUGAUUGGCACGUCGACAAGGGCUGUCCCAAGUCAAAUGGAAAGGGAAAGGGUGGGAGUUAGGGGAGGGUUGGGAGGACCCACCAAGGACUCAGAGUAGAGAGUCAGUGCCACUUGGCCACUUGGGGUAAAGCCAGUGCCAGCAAUAACAGUUUAUCAUGCUCAUUAAUUUGGGAUUUCAAACCACAAAUGAGAACUCCCACCUACCCAUUCAGCCCCAAGUGCAUGUCUUCAUCACUUAAAAAGUAAGUUCCAUUUCAAAAUAUCCUUUCUUUUUCCCCCCAUUUUUGUUUGUUUAUACAAAUAUUUGAUUUGCAAGAAAAGUGCAUGGGAGGGGUUUUAGCAGUUUAAUGAAUUUUUAAUUGAGAAAUGGUAGUUUGAUAGUCUACUUAAAAAGUGUUUCUGGGAAAUUCACUAGAAACAUUAACCAAUAGGAUUUUGGUGAGCUUAGCUUCUGUAUUCCUACUGCCACCCAGAAAAGGGGCAGGGCUCUGCAGCCCCCAGGACAGAUGAGCACCCCAUGCCUAUACCUCCCUCCCCCAGCUAAGUCCCAGGGCAUCUUGGCCUUGCCUGGAGCCUGGGCUAGCUCUAUAGGCUCAGAGAGCCUGGGGAGGGUGCCAACCCACCUCUAGUAUUUUGGGAGACAGGGAAAGUGAAAAGACUUCCCCUUCUCAUACCCCUCAGGGUGGUUCCCUACGAGCCAGGCCUACUACUUCUAGAAGAGAGCAGGAAGCAGGAGUGAGACUGCACUCCUGGGUGUAGACAUAAGGGAUGUGAGACUUGUUUGGUAUUGUGGCGUCAGCACAAGGAAGACCAGGAGAGAGUCUGAGAGUCUGGCUCUGGGACGUUGAGCCUUCUGCCUCGCAUGGUCAGAAAGUGGAUAGAUCUCCCACUCCAGCAAGGCUGGAACUCUUAAGGGUCUGUGGUGCUCCAUCUCCAUUGCUGGCCCCAGCUCAGUGACUAUAGCUGGUACAUUUCCUGUGUGAAAUCAGGACCUUGGGAGAAGACUAUCCUGAACAAAGUUGGAAAAAGAA